GCUCACAAACAGCCGCCAUGGAUCAGAAGGCCAGGGAAACGGCCGCGGCCUAUCAGACCCGGAUGCUGGCUUGGAGUACCGAAGCCAAGCAACGGGCGGAUGCGGUAGCAGCCGCAGAAAAGAAGAAGGCAGAGGACGCCGAACAGGCACGCCUGUUGGCAAUCAAACAGCAGCACCAGCACGACGAGGCAGCAGCAAAGGCUGCCGAUGAAAAACGAACUCAACGACGUGAGAAGAUAUUCAACGGAGAGCGAGCUUUGCUCACAAUGGCAGCGGACUGGCGGGGCGAGGCCGAGAAUGGUAAGAUGGAAGAGAGUGAAAGCAAGAUCGCUCUACUCCUCUCCAAUAUCACGGAUCUCCUGGCAACGUGCAUUGCACAGCAAGGGGACAUCCACAACCUCGACGCCGCGGUUCAGACGCACAAAUGGGCGAUUGAUCAAGUCAACAGCGGCCUCCAGCAGCUGCAGCAACAAUCUGUCACCGCCUCCGUUGCCAGCUCUUCCAACACCUCCGAUCAGCUCGAGGCAUUGGAGAUUGACAUCGGAUCCCUCAAGGACGGCGUGUUGUUACAGCAAACCGCAACGCAACAGUUAGAGCAGUGGAUUUGUACUGCCACCAACCACUCGAGCUCGGAACCGCGCGAGAAAACUCCAAAAUUCGAUGGGCAGGAGAUCUUCUGCAACUCGACAAAGACAGACCCGAUUCCAUGGUUCCGCAAGUUUGAGCUCACGUUGCAGCUACACUACGUCAAAGAACACAAGCACCACGUGUACUUAUACUCCCGCUCGGGAGGCGCGUGCCAAGCAUGGUUGGACAAUCUCUUGUCCAAGUACGGAGUGGUGGCUACUGACUUGCAUAGCAAGAUCAGCUGGGAUGAUCCAAAGGCGGCGUGGCAUAAGCAGUUCCAAGUAGAGCCGCCGAAGAUCAAGGCAAUGGACAAGCUGAUGGUCUUCGAACAAGGCACUCUGCCAAACAUCCAGAUGGGCUUCAAAGCCAUCAAACACUACUUCAUUUCGAGGUCGUGUCCGACGUUGGGCAAUGCCUUGACUCACAUCGAGGACACCCUGACGACACCGGCAGAACUCUUCGACAAGGCCGUGAAGAUUAUUGUCACGAACAAGGAGGCCAAGAAUCUCCAGCGUUCAUCUGCGCCAGGCCUGAGCAGAGAUCAGCAUCGCUCGAAAGUGGCCGUGGUCGUGGCGGCAAGCCAAAUGACCAAACUAGCGAGGCCGUGUCUGCCAAUGAAAUGGAUAGACUCACAGUCGCCCGGUAAGGUGGCCGCCCCGGCAAAAGCCGAGGAUGCGGCAAGGAGAAGACAAACACCGCAUAUAGCCCCAAGCUCGGCGCAAGAGUUCCAGCCCCAUGGUCCCAUUACGGUCUCUCCGAGCAAGCAUACAAGGCACUCACGAGAUUCUGCUAUUAUCUGCAUCGACUACCGCAAGCUCAACGCACAAACCGUCAAGAAUGGGGGACCUCUUCCUCGCAUCGACGAUCUUCUUGGGCGAUUGGGCGGCGCAAAGUAUUUUUCUAAGUUGGAUUUGAAGUCGGGAUAUCAUCAAAUCUCGAUCCGACCGAACGAUCGUUACAAGUCCACGUUCAAGAGGCGGUAUGGGCAUUUUGAGUGGGUGGUCAUGCCUUUUGGCCUCACCAACGCCCCGACGACCUUGCAAGCGGCAAUGACCAAUGAGUUUCAUGCAAUGUUGGACCGGUUCGUGCUGAUCUACUUAGACGAUAUUUAUAGCCGGACAUUGGAGGAUYAUCUUGGGCACCUUCGACGAGUGUUGGAGACGCUCCGCCGUGCCAAGUACAAGGCCAACUGCGACAAGUGCGAAUUUGUCCGGCAAGAGCUGGAACACUUGGGCCAUUUUGUCACACUGGAGGGCAUUAGCCCGCUGCCGGACAAGAUUCAAGCCAUCCAAGAGUGGCUGGAGCCGCGGAACGUCACGGAUGUCCGUUCGUUCCUUGGCCUUGCCGGCUACUACCAACGUUUUAUCAAGGGAUACUCGAAGAUUGCGGCCCCCUUGUCCAAACUUCAAUGUGAGGAUCGGUCGUUUCACUUCGGACAAGAGGUGGGGGAAUCAUUUUUGGCUUUCAAAGCCGCGCUAUUAUCUGCGGAGGUCUUGCGCAUAUACGACCCGCUAUUGCCAACGCGCGUUACUACCGAUGCGUCCAGCUAUGGCAUUGAGGCCAUCCUCGAGCAACACGAUGGCGUGGACUGGCACCCAAUCGAGUACAGCAAGAAAGUGCCCGUCGUGCAUUCCAUUAAUGAUGCACGCAAGAAGGAGCUCCUCGCCUUCGUCCACGCGCUCAAGCGGUGGCGGCACUUCCUCCUUGGUCGAAGUCAAUCCCGACGGGUGACGAACAACAAUCCGUUGGUCUUCUACAAGACCCAAGACACYGUCAAUAGCACCACCGCCCGUUGGAUGACUUUCAUUGACCAAUUCGACUUCUUUCCCGAUCACAUUCCCGGGAGGUCGAACCGUUUUGCGGAUGCUCUUUCAYGACGUCCGGAUCAUUGUACCGUGGUUUAUUCAACCUUCGAGAUCGAUGACGACCUGCGGGACAGCUUCAUCCGCGGCUACCAAGCCGACCCCGAGUUUCGCGACAAGUACGCGAAUUGCUCCUCUCCCAAUCCGGCACCUUCUCACUACCGGAUCCAAGAGGGCUUUUUGCUUGUCCACAUACGGGGAAAGGACCUUCUUUGCGUACCAAGUGACCCUCACUUGCGUACACGGCUUCUUGGCGAGUUCCACGAUGCUCCCGCCACCGGACACUUUGGAGUCAAUCGCACGAUUGGCCGACUUCGCGAGCGAUUUUGGUGGCCCGGCCUUCUUGGACGUCACACACUAGUGCGAGUCAUGCGAGGUUUGCCGACGUUGCAAAUCCCGCAACCAUCGUCCGUAUUGCGAGUUGCGACCGUUACCGGUUCCCUUGCGGCGAAGGGAAGCGAUUGCCAUGGACAUUACCGGCCCGUUUCCCAAGCACAAGACCAGAGUGGAUGGGAUUCUCACGGUGUUCGACCGACUCACCAAGUUCGCCAUGUUUUUGCCUUGCCGCUAUCAUGCCAAGGCACCGGAGUUGGCCGAGGUUCUAACCAAGGGUUACCCCAAGGAAAUCGUCUGCGACCGCGACACUCGGUUCAUGUCCGAUCUUUGGUUGGUGCUCAUCAAACAAUGGGGCUCAUCUCUCAAGCACGUUCGGCUCGCCACCCCCAAACAGAUGGCCAAACGGAGAGGGCGCAUCAGACCGCGCAUGUUUUCCUUCACACUCUCAUCCGUCCCGACCAAAAGGAUUGGGUUGAACGGCUGCCAGAUGUCGAGUUGGCACACAACUCGUCUAUCCACCCGGCUAUCAGGAUGUCGCCCUUCGAAUUCGAGCACGGCUCGCCGGUCACUUCUCAGUUGGACACAAUCAUUCCACGAACGACCGAGAGCGACAACCAUCUUCUUUUCUUGCAUCGGAUGCAAGAGCUGCUUGUCAAGGCACGCGACCAGAUGACCAAGACGCAGCAACGCAUGAGCCAACAGGCCAAUCGCCAGCGUCUUCCUUGCCCAUUCUGCGCCGGCGAUCUCGUUUGGGUUUCCGCCGCGAAAUUCAGCAUUGAACAAGAUAUCUCUCGCAAGCUCCUCCCGAAAUGGAUGGGGCCUUGGCCGAUCGUGGCACCCGCUAGGGAUGCACCCAAGGGACCUUCCUUCACCAUUAAGGUGCAGUAUGCUCAUUCACCAGGCCACCAGUGCACAGAAAAACUCUUGAAUSKUUGAGUUAAAUGACAGAGAUGGAUAAAUCAUGCAAGCAAUU